UUCGGAACCGUUUUCCUUCAUUCAUACAAGAAAAGCUUCGUUGUUCAUCUUUUUCAGUUCCCAAAUUCGCAUCUCUCACUUUUCGCUCCAAAAAUUUCCUCUAACUUUGUUUCAUGGGCUCAUUUUGGAUGCCUUAGAGCGCCAUGACCAAACCCAACUCCUUCUUUCACAAUCUCAUCAAGCCCUUCAAAUUCAGUUCCAGUAAAGAGGAACAUAGCGGAGACGAUAUGCAAAACUUAGCUGCACAGGAGAAUAAGGUCUUCUCUUACGAAACAUUGGUCACUGCUACAAACAAAUUUAGCAUUCUUAACAAGCUUGGUGAAGGGGGAUUUGGACCCGUCUUUAAGGGGAAAUUGAGUGACGGGAGAGAGAUUGCAGUGAAGAGGUUAUCGCGUAGAUCGAAUCAAGGGAAGACGCAGUUCAUCAACGAGGCCAAGUUGUUGGGUCGUGUGCAGCACCGAAAUGUGGUGAAUCUGAUCGGUUACUGCACCCAUGCCUCCGAGAAGCUUCUUGUUUAUGAGUAUGUCCCUCACAAGAGCCUUGACAAGUUUCUCUUCAAAACGGGGAAGAAAGAAGAGCUAAACUGGAAACGUAGAUUGGACAUCAUCAAUGGGGUGGGAAGGGGUCUGCUUUAUCUUCACGAAGACUCUCACAACUGCAUAAUCCAUCGCGACAUAAAGGCCAGUAACAUCUUACUGGAUGAAAAAUGGAGCCCUAAGAUAGCAGAUUUUGGUCUCGCGAGACUCUUCCCCGAAGACCAAACCCACGUCAACACCCGUGUGGCUGGAACCAACGGCUAUUUGGCUCCAGAAUAUUUAAUGUAUGGCCAUUUAUCUGUGAAGGCAGACGUAUUCAGCUAUGGAGUUUUGUUGUUGGAAUUGGUCACUGGCCAGAGAAAUUCGUCGUUUGAUGCGAACUCUAGUGCGCAGAAUCUCCUCGACUGGGCAUACUGGCUAUACAAGAAGGGGAGAGCUCUGGAAAUGGUGGACCCUGCAUUGGUGUCUUCAGUGAUAACUGAAGAAGUAGAAAUGUGCAUUAAACUGGGUCUGUUGUGCACUCAAGGUGAUCCAAACCUGCGUCCAACCAUGGGACGUGUGGUGGUGAUGCUGUCAAAGAAACCGAACCACAUGGAAGAACCAACAAGACCAGGAAUGGCUGGUUCCAGAUUCAGAAGAGUGUCUCACAGACGACCCUCUGCAAUGUUUUCUUCUGGGGUUGAUGAUGACUCUCAUUCACACACUGACACUGGUGAUUCAAGCAACUAUGGCACUAAUAAUAAUACUACUUCUUCUGUAACAUCAACAACACCAAGCUCCAGUGCUACUGCAGAAGUAGACCCCCGAGGGAAACGACCAAUGCAAGGUUAGCCACAUGCUAAUCAGAUUUUUUCAAUUUUCGUAUCAUUAAUUCUGUGAUGUAAGUAAAUAUUAUCAUGUAAAUGUCACCAGGAGUCGUAGGGUCAUUUUUUUCCACUGCCACUCGCGUAGGUCCUUUUUA